AGGCGUGUCCCUGAAUGGGGGUUGAUGGGUGGAAGCCACAAGGUGGGGGUAUAUAUAAGGUCCGGGCAGCGGGCAUCUUCACCAUUCUACUCCUCCCUGGUACAGCAGGAACACCUCCUCCUCCUCACACCCGCCGAGAUGAUGAAGAUUGUGGUGCUGGCACUCGUGCUGACGGCAGCCUCUGCCGCAACGGUCUACCAUGCUGCCGUCCCAUUCCAUGGCCUGCCAUUCGCCGGCCUGCCAUACACCGGCCUGCCAUUCGCUGGCGUGCCAUACGCCGCCGCCCCCGGCCUGACCUACACCGCCGCCGCCCCUGCCCUGACCUACGCCGCCGCCGCCCCUGCCCUGACCUACGCCGCCGCCCCCGCCCUGGUAGCCCCGGCACCUUACAGCGUCCAGACCGGCGUGAAGACCGAGGUGGCGGUGGAGCCCGUAGAGCAGCACGGCUACGUUGUCAAGUACUAGACCCCCGCCACACACCGGAGCCUCAACACCCACCACGCCAGCCAUGACGCUACAGGCAAGCAACAACGCCCGCGGCUUCCCACGCCAACACCACGGCCGCAAGCACGACAUCUACUGGGCCUAACGUCUCGCCCAUGAAGCCGGAAAGGACGCCCGCGCCGGCACAACACGCCCGUGCCCCGACUAGUGCCCCGCCCACACCUGUACCCGGGCGGGGUAGAGUCCGGGGCGCGCACUUCAUCUCUCCUCCCACGCCAGGAUCCUAAAUUUCUUCUGUACUUAGCUCUAAAUAUAUUUACAAAAAGGC